GGAAUCGUACGCUGGAGAAGUGGAUGUCUUAUAAAUGGCCUUCAGUGUAGAUGAGUGUAUACGAGAUGGCUACCAAAUAGGAAAUGAACUCAUGGCUCUUUGAGCAGGAAGCCUGUAAUCUGUUAGGUCGCCAGCCAUUGCAGGCGUGAUGGGAAGCGGGUGGUAAAGCCAGAAAGGUUAGAUCCGGGAUUAAAUAACGAUCGUGAUGGCUGCAUUCGCGUAAUCACUAGGACCAUCCGUCUUACUGCGUACUGCCUGUAACAUCACUCAUUGGUCUUUCAAAACGCCUCUCAGUAUCCUUACGCUGCAGCGGAGGCCUAUUGGCGAUGACGGCGAUGACGCUAUCAUGUGUCUGAGCUGGUCAACGAAACCUCAAUCUUCACAUUAUAACCCUUGUUCGACGAUAGCCGUCUUCUAGAAAGAGCGGCCGCAAAUGGCCACCCAACGAACGCAAGGAGCUGCGCGGGAUGAACCAACCGCUCUCCUGUGGCACAUAUCCGUCAACAAAGACAGCAGCUCCACCAUUCUGUUCAUACACGGCGCCUUUGCAGACGCUUACGAUUGGGAUCUUGCCAUGCCCCACAUCCAUGGCUACCACCUUCUUCUACCAGACUGCCCUGGACACGGUCGCUCGUCACACAUACCGUUCUCUAUCGAAACAUCCGCAGAGCACAUCGCGCGUCUGGUAGAGGCGGAAGCCAUCGGUGGUCGAGCCCAUGUUGUUGGCCACAGUCUCGGUGCUUCUAUCGCGGUCCGUCUUGCCUACAAGCAUCCUCAGGUCGUCGAGUCGAUGUUCAUCUCUGGUUAUAGCGAGGCGCCUGUGUCCAGGGCUCCACUAUUACCUUACCUGCUCUGGGCCUCAAAUCGGAUGGAAAAGGCUGUUCCACGACCUUGGAUCCGCUGGCUCAUGGACGGUACAGAUAUCCGCCACACAAGUAGUCCUACACUAUCGCUUUGCACACAGAUCGCGCGUACCGACAGCGCUGCAGCGCAAAUCCGACCAUGGUCUGCACGAACCCUGAUCAUUGUUGCUGGGAAAGGUGGGCUAGUUCCAUCUAACGAUAGCCCAGAGGCUGCUCGCAAGCUCGCCAAAAUUGGAAAAGAGAACAACACUUUGGCUCUUGCUUAUACACACCCGGAUAUGAGACAUCCUUGGAAUAGGCAAGAUCCUCGACUUUGGGCGGAGACUGUUGUAGCGUGGGUAGAAAGAAAGGACAUUCCAGCUGGAUUUGUGCCGCUGUAGCCGCUUGACGGGAAAACACUUGAGAAUCUUCUUCUUGUUUGCUAGCAGCGGUCAGUCGGUGGCUGUUGACGAUGUAGCGUGUGAAUGCAGAACAGCGGGGUGUGAUCUGUAAGAAGAAGGGACGACUUCGAUCGGUAAUUCACGUGACAGAAUGCAUCUGCAAUUGACGGUGACCGUUGAGUGCACCAUCAUCUCGCCAAAGAUCAUCCCGAUCUGUUGCGACCGACGGAACGGAGAUGAGAGGUAUAAUUCAGAGCGCUAUACCCAGGUAGUGAAGGAGCGAUACUGGCGGGCGUAUGAAAUUGCACGUGAGAUUGCACCAACAUGGGCGGAUCAUUAGGCCCCCGAGCCUGCAUGGGAAAAGAUAGCAGGAAAUGAAUCGACGAGGAAAGCGGUCACGAUGUCUGUUACUGAGGCUUGCACUUGGCUGUAGUGUGGCGCGCGACUGUAGUGGCUGUUGUGUAGGUCUUGGUGGUCUCACUGUGCAGAUGACGAGGGC